GUCUCAAUUCACAACCACCUAACAUCUUGAAGAUCAACUUACUGCAGGUUCUUUGAUACGUUCAUACGUACAGCGACUCUAAUGGUAUUCACUGGUGCCCAAGUUACACCCUUGUCAAAAAGUCCACAGUAUCCAUGUUCGCUUCUUGAGUUACAAGAUGCGCGAAUUAUACUAGACUGCGCGCUGGAGGUGGUGGUCAAUACGGCUUCUAACGAGAGAACCCCGACGUGGGUUGUGCCGCCGUUCCUGGACUGCGAUAUUGAGAGUGUUGAGGCGGUCAUUUUGACCAACUGCUACAAUGCUUUGGCACUGCCGUUUCUUACGGAGUAUACCAAGUUUGCGGGCGCCAUUUAUGCGACUGAGCCAACGGUGGAGUUUGCCAGGCUACUCCUGGAAGAAUUGGUGAACACGUUUGCAAGAGAUCAACAUCGAGGCGGGGAGGCAUGUCCGGUUCGGUGGGGUUCGGACUCGAUACCGCUGUAUUCCUUGCACGACAUCCAAAGCUGCUUGGCGAAGAUUCGACUGCUACACUACGCCGAGAUAAAGGAGCUCAAUGACCACGGCGAUCAUAUUGUGCUCACGCCCCUGAGCUCCGGCUUCUGUCUGGGUUCGGCGAACUGGAUCAUCGAGACGCCCAAUGGGAAGAUAUCAUACAUAGCCGCAUCAUCGAAUAGCGAAAUCGGUCAUUCGGCCAUGAUCGACCUGAGGGCCUUCGCGGAAAUGGAUGCUGCCAUAAUCACCCAAGUUGGAUCUCCGCGGCGGGAUCCGUCGCUACUGAAGAACUCCAUUAGCGAUAUGUUAAGGGUUGUUGUGCGCGCGCUCGAAAACCGCGGCAACGUCUUGUUCCCGUGCUUUCCGUGCGGAACCAUGUUUGACGUGAUCGGGUUCGUCUCGGACUAUAUCAAGGCAGCUGGGUAUUUGGAUACACCGAUGCAUGUCGUGUCUCCUCUCGCAAAGAGAGCUUUACACAUGGCGAACAUUCAAGGAGAAUGGAUGAGCGCAGAUAAGCAGAGCAGUCUCUACCAAGCACGCCAGCCUCUUCGACAUGGACAGUUGUUGGAGGAGAGGUCGCUCCAUUACCAUGAGACGCCCGAGACGGUGUUCAGCUUCCGGGGGCCUCAUAUUGUGUUUGCUGGAUACGCCGGUCCUUUGAGUGGGGAUGCCGAGAUCUUUCUGAAGAAGUGGAGUCAAAAUGCAAAUAAUCUACUAGUCCUAACAGAACCCUUAGCCAAGGGCUCCAUACCGAUGGAAGACGGUUUCAGCAUGCAGAUUUGCGAAUGCCUGAUCGAAACAAGACCGUCGAGGGACGACCUGAUAUCUAAACUCAACGCCAACAGGGUUUUCUACCUUAGGGGAGCAAAGAACCCAGGAAAUCUGCCAAUAAGUCCGUCUCCGACGAUGCAGGCAUUGCCGUUAGUGCCGCUGCAAAUUGGAACUAUUCCAUUUACCAGGGAUGUCGUCAAGGCCACUAUUUUGGAGGAGGUUGCACGAGUCACCCUUUCGCAGGCGGAUGCCGUGGUUAUUGGAGGCAGCAUCUCGACAAAAGAAUCUGCCCUAUGCACCAUCCAGGCUUUGCCACACGCGACCGUUCCAGGGUACAACAACCGAGCCAUUGCUGAGCAGAUAGCUGCCGAUUGUGCAUCACAGCUGGGACCGGCGAGAAUGCAGUUCUUCCCAACAGGAAUCGUGCUCGACUGGGGGAAUGGCGCUCACAAGAUUGCACUCGAACAAGACGACAUUCGUAUUGAAGCUGCAGAUGUACACGUGUUGGAGAUUUUACGAUCUACUGCUGGCAGCCGGAUCAACUCCGCUCAGAACCACUGAGAGCGGCAGAAUUUCGUUUUCGGUUUGAAAAAAUUACGCCAUCGUUGUGACAGAUUAUGUGGCGACGACGACCCCGGAUGUACUUUCCCAUCGAUCGCUGCCUCCAGCCACGAAGCAGCCGAGUUGCCAAG